GCUGAGUGGAGCACAACGACCGGGGUUAAACAUUUUUUACCGUUAGGUAGAAUUGUUAGCGUGAAGCUUUUAUGGUUUCGUUUUCUCUCUCAUUUCUUUCUAAUUGGGGAUAGGAAGAAGAAGAUAACUACAUUCACGUUGUGUUUAAAUAGAAUAAGCACGUUAGUACGAGGCCGUGGCAUGGAUGAGGUACGGCCUACCAGUGGUGCUCCAGCCCACGGGCUAGCGUCAAUAUUUCCUCCGGGACUGCAGGCUAUCUACGGGGAAUGUCGGCGACUUUACCCCGACCAGGCCAACCCACUUCAAGUCACUGCCAUUGUGAAGUAUUGGUUAGGGGGUCCAGACCCGCUGGACUACAUCAGUAUGUACAGGAAUGUAGGCUGUCCAGCCCAGGACAUCCAGGAACAUUGGCACUAUGUGAGCUUUGGACUGAGUGACCUGUAUGGGGACAACAGAGUUCACGAAUUCGCAGGGUCGGACAAACCUAGUGGGUUUGGCUUUGAGCUCACCUUUAGACUCAAACGAGAGGCAGGAGAGACAGCACCACCAACCUGGCCUGCUGAACUCAUGCAAGGCUUGGCUCGCUACGUGUUCCAGUCAGAAAAUACAUUUUGUAGUGGCGACCAUGUAUCGUGGCACAGUCCCCUAGACAACAGCGAGUCUCGCAUCCAGCAUAUGUUGCUGACAGAGGACCCACAGAUGCAACCAAUUCAAACCCCAUUUGGCACUGUGAGCUUUCUGCAGAUUGUGGGUGUGUGUACAGAGGAGCUACAGGCGGCCCAGCAGUGGAACGGCCAAGGCAUUUUGGAGCUUAUGCGGGGAGUCCGAGUAGCUGGUGGCCCAUGGCUAAUCACAGACAUGAGGAGAGGGGAGACCAUUUUCGACAUUGACCCACAUCUACAACAGGAGAGGGUAGACCAGGGCAUUGAGACAGAGGGCUCUAACCUGAGCGGGGUCAGUGCCAAGUGUGUGUGGGACGAUCUGAGUCGACCGCCAGAGGAUGAGGAGGACAGCCGAUCCAUCUGCAUAGGAUCACAGCCACGGAGGCUCUCAGACAAAGACACAGAGCAGAUAAGGGAGACGCUGAGAAAAGGAUUGGAGUUUAACAGCAAAGCAGCACUACCGCCUAUCAACAGCCAGAGACAAGGCCACGAGAGACCUCAGAGUCGAAAGGACAGUUUGGAGAGUGAGAGCUCAGCAGCCAUUGUUCCUCAUGAGUUGGUCCGAACACGACAGUUGGAAAGCGUCCAUCUGAAAUUCAACCAGGAGUCAGGCACACUGCUGCCCCUCUGCCUGCGGGGCCGGUUGCUCCAUGGGAGACACUUUACUUUCAAGAGUAUCAACGGAGACACAGCCAUUACAUUUGUGUCUACUGGAGUUGAGGGAGCUUUUGCUACUGAAGAGCAUCCAUAUGCAGCCCACGGCCCCUGGCUUCAGAUAUUAUUGACUGAAGAGUUUGUGGAGCAGAUGCUUGGGGAUAUACAGGAACUUAACACUCGUGAGGAGACAAAGUUACCAAAGGAGUAUAGUUGGCCAGAAAAGAAGCUGAAGAUCUCUGUCCUACCAGACAGUGUGUUUGAUAACCCACUGCAAUGAGGUGGAGAUGCUUAAUCACUAGACAAUACCAACAAAAACACCUGCAGCCACACACUCCCAGAGUGGACCAUCAUGAAUAGGAGGACUCCCAUGCGGACAUCCAGCAAAUCUGAGCUGUCAGGGCACACAGAUGUUUCACUCCUGAAGACUAUCAGAUGAUCCAAGGGAUCUUAAGACUUUUGACUGUUACUGCCUUCUCACACUAGCCACACUGUUUACAGCAUUUCUCUGAGGCUUGAAUGCUUUUGGAAAUCUCAAACCAGCCUUUCCACAUGGUUGACCUGUUAGAACAAUCAUUAUAGGUGACACACUAGCUGUAGGGCAAAACAGGAUGUUGUCAUUCCUCCAGUGAGGACUGCCAAUGUCCAAAAUAUACGUCACUAAUGCGGUUGAGUGUAUAUGCUUUGAUAACCAGACAUGAUGUCCCAAGCAACAACUGGGUUGCAUUUCUCAAAAACACUAAUAUUUAUUCCAGUGGCCAUAGUAAGGGCAGAAAAGUUACCAUAUGAACCUUUUUUAGCAGUGUACUUUUCAAUUGAUAUGUAUAUUUUUUACAAAUGCUGGACAUUUUCUCGUAUGUGUUGUGGUCAUACCAAAGUAAUAUCUGUUGGCAGUCGCAUGCCAGCACUGUCUUUGUCUCUAAUGUGUCAUGUUUGUGUAAUGACAUGACACUGAAUUAUUAUUCACUCCCUGUUUAUCUAGGUUAACCAAACCAAAAACAUUUGAACUAUUGAAUUGCUGCAGGUACAACCACCUCUUCUCCACUGUGCCAAGAACAUGACUCCUGUAUUCAGUAAUAAUUUCCAACGUGUCUUCUUUCAGAUGUCUCACUCCUGAUGUAUGUCAAAGGAAAUGACAUACAUCAAGUCCGUUGUCAGUGUUUGAAGACUGGAAAUCUAUGUUCAGUAUCCUGUCUCCAGUGGCCAUGUAAAUAUGAAAUAUUUCAUCAGUAGGACCUGCUUGAAAAGAGAAAAAUUCCACAGUGCCUUGUGGUAAAAAGGACCACAUAUUCUCUGUUGGCUGUUAAGGCUGCCUGGAUUGUUAAGACAUCACUUUGAAUCAAGGCUGCUGCGUUCACUGUCUCUUCCUGGAACCGUCAGUGCAUUCCGUGGUAGCACCAAAACAGAAGAAAAGACUACUUUUACUACAACAAAUGUUCUUUUACACAAUAUUUGAUGACAUAUCUUAUUUUUGUUUGUCUUUUUCUUUUCAGAGUGACAACGUUUAGAUGACAUUGAUAUGCUGUUUUUUAAUUAAUUAUCUUAUUUGACUGAACUGGCUGAUUGUUAUCGCAAGUGCAUUAAAGAGUGUAGGUAUUUACACCAAUAAAGCUGGAACACUAGUGGAAAAUACCUGAGGAUCUUCUUCCUGAUCAAGAUACUGUGUGUUGGUAUGUUUAGGCACACUGCUUUAAA